CUGAGAGCAUUAGCAGCAUCUCUCUUUCUCCGUCCGUCUCAUUUUCUUUCUAAUAUACACAUAGUGAGAGAGCUGCAGGGAUAUGCUGUGAAAUCCAACAGCAUCACCAUCAUCAGGACAGACUCGCAGCAUCAGCGCUGAUAAUAAUAAUAACAGGCUGGAACCAGAGAGGACAACAGCACAGACGUCACGCUGGGGUCCGCAGAGUGUGCGGGCCGGACAGAAGCCAUUAGGCUGGUCCAUAAUGCAGAGAAGCAGAGUUUCUCCUUUAAGAAGUGCUCCGCUUUCCAGUUCGUCAAGAGGAAGGUGCGCAGGUGGAUGAGGAAUCCCAAGGUGAAUGUGGAGAAGGUCCAGGCGAAGGGCUUUCUGUCUCCCUGUCCCAAAUGUCAGGAGGGUCAGGAUCUGUGGUACACACACUUCCCCGCACCUUACGGUUGCUGCCACUACAGUCCUGGAGGAUACUACCUCCCACACCCGCCCAGCCCACUCUGCCAGCCCUGUGCCCCCUGCACACCCUGCCAGCCGGACAAGAACAAGACAUGCAAGGUGAGAAAGUGGAAGAUGCUCAGUCGACAUCACAACGACAGUAAAGUGAAGGAGGUGGAGCCGGAGGGGCAUGUGAUCUGCCCCUGGACAAUGUCGCCCCUGCUGGGAAGCCCUGUACUGCUGGAAUGCUGCAUUUGCAAUGGACCUUUCAUCACUUACGGGCAUGAAGAAGCCUGGCAACCACGUCAGCGCACACAGGCAAUGGACCUCUACUACCAUGGAGACCCCGAGUCUGAUUAUUGUUGUUCGUCUGACACCACUUUUAUGAAGCAGAGAAAGAUGGGACUGAAUGACUUCAUCCAGAAGCUUUCCACAAACUCUUAUGCAUGCAAGCAUCCUGAGGUUCAGUCCAUCCUAAACCUGACACCACCACAAGAUGUGGAGCUAAUGAACAGCAACCCUUCCCCUCCGCCAAGUCCCUCUCAGCAGAUAAACCUCGGCCCUUCCUCAAACCCCACCGCCAAACCAUCAGACUUCGACUUCCUGAAAGUCAUCGGAAAGGGUAGCUUUGGCAAGGUUCUCCUGGCUCGCCACCGGAGCGACGAGAAGUUUUAUGCGGUGAAGGUGCUUCAGAAGAAGGCCAUCUUAAAGAAAAAAGAGGAGAAACACAUAAUGUCCGAGCGCAAUGUGUUACUGAAGAAUGUCAAGCAUCCAUUCCUGGUGGGCCUGCAUUACUCCUUCCAGACCACCGACAAACUCUACUUCGUACUGGACUACAUCAAUGGAGGAGAGCUGUUUUAUCACUUGCAAAGGGAGCGAUGCUUUCUGGAGCCGCGCGCUCGCUUCUAUGCGGCGGAGAUUGCCAGUGCUUUGGGUUACCUGCAUUCACUGAACAUCGUCUACCGAGACCUGAAGCCCGAGAACAUUCUGCUGGAUUCUCAAGGGCACAUAAUACUGACCGAUUUUGGCCUGUGCAAAGAGAACAUUGAGCCCAAUGGAACGACGUCAACCUUCUGUGGGACGCCAGAGUAUUUGGCACCAGAGGUGUUACACAAGCAGCCCUAUGACCGAACAGUGGACUGGUGGUGUUUGGGUGCAGUGCUGUAUGAAAUGUUAUAUGGCCUGCCUCCAUUCUACAGUCGGAACACAGCAGAGAUGUACGAUAACAUUUUGAACAAGCCACUGCAGCUGAAACCCAACAUCUCCAAUGCUGCCAGACACCUGCUGGAGGGCCUGCUGCAAAAAGACAGAACCAAAAGGCUGGGCUUCACUGAUGACUUUACUGAGAUCAAGAACCACAUGUUCUUCUCCCCCAUCAAUUGGGACGAUCUAAACGCCAAGAAGCUUACGCCACCCUUCAACCCCAAUGUGACGGGGCCUAACGACUUGCGACACUUUGACCCCGAGUUCACCGAUGAGCCAGUGCCGAACUCAAUCGGCUGCUCGCCAGACAGCGCUCUGGUCACGUCCAGCAUCACUGAAGCGACCGAAGCUUUCCUGGGCUUCUCUUACGCCCCUGCUAUGGACUCCUACCUGUAGCCCAUUUCCCAGAAACGCCAUCCCAUAGACUCCUACCUGUAGCUCAUUUACCAUGGAAAUGCUGUCCCAUGGAAUCUCACCUGUAGUGCAUCACUAUGAGAAAAGCAAACCCCCGUCUCAUUUCCUUGCCUCCAGAUCGGGGGCAUUUGCACAUGGCGUACGGCAGCUCGAAAGGCCUUUAUUGAAAGGCCUGAGUUUUACACGUUAAAGAAGAAGACUCAUCCUCUUCAUCCAAAUGCACGAUUUCUCCUCCGCUUUCACCCUGGGUUGUGACAGAUGGGGAAAAAGAGAGAGAAGAUUGAUGCUGAUGGACGUUUAUGUACUAGAUUUAUUUCAAAGCUUAUUCGCGUUUCGUUUUUUUUAGACGUCAUUGUUUUGGAUGGAUUGAAUGCGCGCGUGUGCGUGUGCGUGUGUGUGUGCGUGUGUGUGCGUGUGUGUGCGUGUGUGUGUGUGUGUGUGUGUGUGUGUGUGUGUGUGUGUGUGUGUGUGUGUGUGUGUGUGUGUGUGUGUGUGUGUGUGUGUGUGUGUGUGUGUGUGUGUGUGUGCCUUCAUUUAACACCCCGUGCAAAUGUUUGUUUAGUCUAAAUCAUGUGAUCUGGCAUGUCAGUCCACGUCAGAUAUAAACAGUCAUCGUGACACUAAAACCACUAAAAUAUAUCAGCAUCUGAUGUUUUUGUGACCUUUCAGUUACGCAUCUGGGAUCAAAUUUUGCACAUUUAUCUUCCUAAAUUAAAGAGCACUUCCUUUUAUGUUUCUUGUUUAUGACUUGAGUGGAAGGUGCUAGAAGGAUGUGCUGCUAAUGUGUGUAGAAAUGCUCACUUUAGUCUUCCAGCCUCCUUGGAUGUACAGUAAUCCAGAAACGGGCCAGUCUGUCUCAGCAACACAUUCCAUUGAACAAGACUGUAUGGUUAUUUAAGUUUGUAUAUUUUAAGGUCUUCUGUGUUAGUUUUAAUGUAUAUGGAACAAAAAUUUAAAAAGGUAUGCUUAUAUGUAACUAUAAAUGUACUGUAAAAUUGUAAAAUGUUUGAAUUAUGUGACCUUGUUUGGUUCGCAAUAAAACUUUAUGGUUAUUUUUCCCCUAAA